CUGGCUUGAGACAGCAACAGAAGUCUUGCUUCUGACGUUCUGUUUCCAGACGGACAUUUUCAGCUGUUACUCAACGGAACAAACGUGUGUUUAUAUUUUUCAUGCUCCUUGAUUUGUAAAUUUGCUCAUAUAUGUGAUUUGUUAUGAAUCCGUGAAUAGUGUGUACUAGUAAACCGAUACUGACGCACAUUUACAGAAUAUAGAUAAUGCUCUCCGAUAUGCAACUGCGUCAAUUUGAGUGAUUUGUGUUGGAUUUUUCAGCAAGUAAUCCUAUCGGACAAGCUCCUUUUAGUACAUUAUUGGGCUAGCUCGCUAGCAAGCUACGUUAGUCACAAUGAAGAUCAGACGACAAAAGCAAGCCAAAAAAACCAUCAAUUUCUACAAACACAACUUCAGUUUUAGGGAGCCCUUUCAAAUUCUGAUCGACGGGACGUUUUGCCAGGCGGCUCUGAAGAAUAAGAUUCAAAUCAAAGAGCAGAUGCCGAAAUACCUCAUGGGGGAGGUGCAACUUUGUACUACAAAUUGUGCGCUGAAGGAACUUGAAUCACUGAAGGACCUCUAUGGUGCCAAACUCAUCCUGCAACGGUAUCAGGUUAGGAACUGCAAGCAUUUCAAGAACCCCGUCUCUGCGUCAGAGUGUCUGCUGUCCAUGAUGGAAGGGACCAAUCCUCACCACUACAUUGUUGCCACACAGGACCAAGAGGUGACAUCAGGCCUGAAGAAGAUCCCAGGCGUGCCUCUCCUGUAUAUCAUCCUCAACACCAUAGUGUUGGACAAACCCAGCCCGUGCUCGGUGAACCAUGUGCAGGCUGUGGCUCUGGGAGAGAUGGUCACCCCAGCUCAGCAGCAGAGCAUUAACAGCCUGAAGGAGGUGCAGGGGAUUGGGCAGGAUGGAGAGCGCCGGGGCAAGAAGCGUAAGAUGAAAAUCUCCAACCCUAACCCGCUCAGCUGCCUGAAGAAGAAGAAGAAAAAACAGACACAGCUGCUUAAGACUGAGGGCGAGAAGAAGAAACGGAGCCGGCGAAGGAAACGCAGCAAGCCAGGGGGAGGGGAGGGUCCAUCCCUCAAACCGACCCUAAACCCCUAGUGGUGGGAAGAGACUUUGUUUUGAGGGCAGGAUAUAAAUGUUUUUUUCCACCAUUCCCAAAGGUUGAACAACUGAAUAUAAGAAAGACUGUACAUAUUUUUUUUAAUAGAUAAUGACCGUUUAGAUCUUUAUUAAACCAAUUUGCUCUGCAUUUGCCAGUUUAAAGGCAUCCCAAUUCAAGUUCCAAAUACAGGUCCCCUGUAGCUCAGUUGGUAGAGCAUGGCGCUUGCAACGCCAGGGUUGUGGGUUAGUUUCCCACGGGGGGC